AUGGCGGAUCUCCAAGGACGAAAGGUAUUCAAGGUCUUCAACCAGGACUUUGUGGUUGACGAGCGAUACACCGUCACCAAGGAGCUUGGCCAGGGAGCCUACGGCAUUGUCUGCGCCGCGGUCAACAACCAGACGAACGAGGGCGUGGCCAUCAAGAAGGUCACCAAUGUCUUUAGUAAGAAGAUUCUCGCCAAGCGCGCCCUGCGUGAGAUCAAGCUGCUGCAGCACUUCCGCGGCCAUCGCAACAUCACAUGUCUCUAUGAUAUGGACAUUCCGAGACCCGAUAACUUCAACGAGACGUACUUGUAUGAAGAGCUGAUGGAGUGCGACUUGGCGGCCAUCAUCCGUUCCGGCCAGCCUUUGACCGAUGCCCACUUCCAGUCUUUUAUUUAUCAGAUCCUGUGCGGUCUCAAGUAUAUCCACUCGGCCAACGUCCUCCACCGAGAUCUGAAGCCCGGCAACUUGCUUGUCAACGCCGACUGCGAGUUGAAGAUUUGCGAUUUCGGUCUUGCCCGUGGCUUCUCUGUCGACCCCGAGGAGAACGCCGGAUACAUGACCGAGUACGUUGCCACGAGAUGGUACCGUGCGCCCGAGAUCAUGCUAAGCUUCCAGAGCUACACCAAAGCUAUUGACGUUUGGUCUGUCGGCUGCAUUCUUGCCGAGCUCCUGGGUGGCCGGCCGUUCUUCAAGGGUCGAGACUACGUCGACCAGCUGAACCAGAUCCUGCACAUUCUCGGAACUCCCAAUGAAGAGACGCUCCGCCGCAUAGGAUCCCCCCGUGCCCAAGAAUACGUCCGCAACCUGCCAUUCAUGCCAAAGAAGCCUUUCCCCGCUCUCUUCCCCGACGCCAACCCCGACGCCCUCGACCUCCUCGACAAGAUGCUCGCCUUUGACCCGUCACAGCGUAUCAGCGUUGAGCAGGCGCUUGAGCACCCAUAUCUCCACAUCUGGCAUGAUGCUUCCGAUGAGCCCGACUGCCCUACAACGUUCAACUUUGACUUUGAAGUCGUCGAGGACGUGGGCGAGAUGCGAAAGAUGAUUCUGGACGAGGUGCUGCGCUUCCGACAGCUGGUCCGCACCGCUCCUGCAUCCGGCAACCAGGGUGCGGCCCAGCAGAUGCAGGUUCCAAUGCCGUCAGCUGGUGGUCAAUGGACUGCCGAGGACCCGCGGCCACAGGAAUAUAUGGGACACCCCAACGGACUCGAGCAGGAUCUGCAGGCGGGCAUGGACAUUCGGAGGUAA